AUGGAUAGUCCAUUGGUCUCGCCGGCAAAGGCUCGCCAGGCUGCCAUUCAAGCCAAAGAUUGGGCCUACGUCAACUCUUGGCUCAACCGACAAUACGCACCCAAACCAGUACCUCAAUUCGAGCGCAAUGAAGAUACUCUCCGCGUACUCCUGACGCUGGCUGCGGCCAAUGAUUCCGCCGAUGAAGAAGCUGCUCUCCAACAACGAGCGCGCGAAGAAGCGGUUCAUGCCUACAAAGUACGGGAAGAGUUCGAACGCAAAGACCCACACGAGAAACAGAAGAACCAGCUCCUGGAUGAGGUCGAAAUGUGUCUUGAUGACAAGGGGAGACGCGAUCUAGAAGAUCUAGCGGACUCUGCUGCAGCUCUUGGCAAUACUCUGGAUCCGAACAUGGGGGAUCUGGGACAGUCAAUUGUGGAACUUACCGUGGAGGAGUUCGAGGCCCAGGAACAAAUGACAAAGGUUGACACUUUGCUUCGAUAUCUUCAGCAGGAGCUCGCACGGCUACAGACAGAGCUCGAAGAGCUGAAAACCGACACUGCAUAUGAGAUACCUUCAGAUACACAACGCUUGACGUCGGAGUGGAUACGCGGGACGAAGACGCUGGGGGUUAAGGUUGGGGAGUACCAGGAUCGUAUCGCGUCACUGGAAAGAGUCCAGCCCCAAGGACCAACUAUUGAUGAGCUUAUGGCCGAAGAGGAGAGUGUCAUCCGGCUGCGGGAGACGGUCAAGUCACUACAGGCCCGGGUUAGGGCGUACCAUGAUCUCCCCAAGGAUGUCUCAGGGGCACGAGCAAAAUAUAAAGAGCUAGAACGAGAGCUUGGGCAGCUUACGCGGCAGCGAGAUUCGAUGUUUGGCAAGUUAGUUGAUGGGUAA